CCUCAUCAGAUAAAGAAACAAAAAUGGAGAACUGGUCUGAGUUGCCGUCGGAGAUCAUCUACUCUAUCUCCUUGAGAAUCGACAACCUCUUUGAUCUGAUCCACUUCCGGUCAGUAUGUUCCUUUUGGCGAUCCUCUAGCCUCCUCAAACUUCGACCGACGACAGCACCUAAGUGUCCUCUUCCCGUAGACUCUGGUGCUUAUGGUGAUGGUUGUCAUGUCUCGAGCAGCCGUGUAUACCUUGUCAAGUCUUCUUCUGAUCACAACGGUCCUCGAUAUUGGUUGCUUAAGAUAGGGGAGAACGAGAAUGGAGAUAUAGUUCUUAAUCGUUUCUUCGCAAGAACAAGUUACUACUCUAGACGUGUGAAUCCACCCUUUUCACUUGACUUGCUCAGAUGUCAAGUCUUCGAGUUAGCUCAAGAACAUGUCGCUUGUUCCACUUGGUCCGACGGAUUCCAACGUCUUGUCAAACUGGAAGAAGACAUCGGCUUUAUGAGUUUAGGCGCAGAUAACAACGAAUUUAUGGUUCUAAGGAAUUCCAUAUUCACGGCUCCCACGGUGUAUAGGUCAGUCGAGGAGCGUUGGACUGAGCUCCAGAUCACACAUCCCGAUGCAAAUCUUGAAGCGAUAGUUUCAUAUAAAAGUAAGUUUUACGCCAUUGAUAUCACCGGGAGAACAAUAGUUGUAGAGCCAACUUAUCUACAAGUGACUACAUUUCAGCGGUCUAGACCGUGUGAUAAGACCAGGAAACGUUGGCUUGUAAACUCAGAGGACAAGGUCCUUCUCGUGGAGAUUUGCUCAGAGAACCACGACGACUUUUCCAUACCUGAUAUCCCUGAGAAGAAGAUAUGGUUCGAAGUUUCAGAGUUAGACGUGGAGGGAAACGAUUGGAAUCAAGUGGAAGAUGUGGAUGGUCGUGUACUGUUCUUGGAUGAACAUUGCUCCUUCUCGUACUUGGCUACUGAGAUUCAGGGAUUUAGAGGCAACUCUAUAAUCUUUCCGGACUUGUGGGAAAGAUUUAAUAAUCCAUGUGAGCAAGAAAGCAUUCUCGUGUAUGAGUUCAAUGAGCAAGGAGUUAGGUGUGCAGAAGACAUUCCCGAGUAUGUUGAUCUGCUUCCAUCUUUCCCUGGUUGGGCAAUCUCAAACGCAUGA